AUGAACCAUGUUUCGAUCCCUUCCGAGGCUGAUACAUCACUCAACCCUUCCGUCUCAACUCUCCUCCAUCCUUCUCUGACAUCAGUUGCCGAAGACGCGUCGACCCUAGCUGCCCACCAGGACCCGCACCUAGUUCCAACCCAUCGACAAGGCCAAGUUAGCAUUGACGAUGACUCGCUCCACGGUCUACAAUGUGCCGUUGAAGAGCUCGACUGCACUCGACAAGCUCAUCAGUCUCAUCAUCAGUACCAUCAUCAACAACCCCAUCUUCAAUCUCUCGUAAAAAGACCCGACCAACAUGUCGACAUCCGCACCAUCCUUGAUCCUCCGAACCUUGAUGCAUGGCGAGAACGGCUUUUUAAUGUCGAUGAGAUGAUAACUCUAAGUGAGGAGCAAUUCCUUACAUACUUCCCACACAUCGACAACGUCUACUCCCACCGGUCAACUCAACACUACAAACGCAAACCGCUGAUUUCCCACUACUGGGAUUGUCGCCUGAAAGGUCGACCUCCAGGGACACCGAAAUCCAAUGAUCCCAACAAGAAGAAGCGUAAGCGUACUGCCCGCCAGCGGGAUCUCUGUGAUGUAAAAAUCAAGAUCACAGAGUACUUCCCGGGCCACGAUGUUAUGGGGUCAGAUCUAGGUGUCCUUGAUGGACUUGGGGUCCCCGGCCCAGUACUCCAGGAGUCUGCUGUCAGAGAGGAACAACAGGCUCAAGGCCAGCAGUUUGGGUUGUUAACGCCGAGCCUGAACCCACCUCUACCAGAGGGCCAUCCAGGGGUCAACGGCCAGAGGUAUUUUACUAUCCAGCGAGUAAAUGGGAAUGGUGCGAACGGGAAGAACGACGGUGUGAGUGGGGGUCAUCGUCAUACGCUGGAGGAUAGUGACCGCGUGAAGAAGAAUAGUGUGCAGCGGUUCUUAUUGCAGGAGGUGAAGAAGGAGAAGAGAUCACUAAAUUGCCUAUCGCCGACUAUCUUCCCCGCUCGUGAACUGCACCUUCUCUUCCCAUCCAUUAUGCUCCGAAGUCCCAUUCUUGUGUUGAAACCAUUGCUGUUUGGCAAUCUGUCCAAGCGUGCUCCCUCCGCGGUCAGGACUCGAUUAAUUAAUAUUCGUUCUAAUUACCACCGCGCACAGACUAGAGUAAUGGCUACCCAAAAUCAAAUUCAGAAACAGUACCAUACCAAAGCUACCGGCCUGGCUGCCCAGACAGUCGCGCACCGCUCACAAGACAAUGAACUGAAAUUGUAUGGAAGUUGCUUUUGCCCUUUCGUACAGCGCGUAUGGGUUGCCCUUGAGAUCAAGGGAAUCCCCUACCAGUAUAUUGAAGUUGACCCCUAUAAGAAGCCCCAGUCAUUGCUGGACGUGAACCCCAGGGGACUUGUUCCAGCCUUGCGGCACGGGGAUUGGGGCUCAUACGAGAGCUCCGUCUUGCUGGAAUACUUGGAGGACCUGUGUGUUGGGACACCGUUGCUCCCACCCGGAGACGCCAAGCUGAGGGCGCAUUGCCGACUAUGGACAGAUUUUAUCAACCGCCACAUCGUCCCAAACUUCUACCGUGUUCUUCAAGAGCAAGACACUCAGAAGCAAAUAGCCAAUGCACAGGAGCUCCGAGAUGCAUUCAACACAUUAGUCGGCGCCGCAGAUGCGCAGGGCCCGUUCUUUCUGGGUGCUCAGAUUUCAUUCGUUGAUGUCCAGGUCGCCCCUUGGGUUAUCCGCUUGCGCCGUGCCUUGAAGCCUUAUCGUGGGUGGCCAGACCCGGAGCCUGGUAGUCGCUGGGGAGCCUGGGUCGAUGCUAUUGAGAACAAUGAGCAUAUCCAGGCAACCACGAGCACCGAUGAGCUCUAUCUGGAUAGUUAUGAGCGAUACGCUCAAAACCGUCCAAACACGUCCCAGGUUGCCAAUGCGAUCAACUCCGGAAGGGGCCUUCCCUAG